CAGCUUACUGGGCCGAUGUGUUUUGUUGUAUUAUUAACAUAAAGGCGGGAAAGACGGCGACUGAGAGAGAGGAGAGAAGAAUGGAGUCGGAGAAAGUGGUGGUGGACGAGCUGCCGCUAGCUAUUGUGCGCCGGGUGGUGAAGAAGAAGCUGUCGGAGUGUUCGCCGGAUUAUGACGUCAGUAUUCACAAGGAAGCUUUGCUCGCAUUCUCAGAGAGUGCGAGGAUCUUCAUCCACUACCUCUCCGCCACGGCAAAUGAUUUUUGUAAAGAUGCAAGAAGACAAACUAUGAAGGCUGAUGAUGUGUUUAAGGCAUUAGAAGAAAUGGAUUUUUCAGAAUUUUUGGAGCCGCUUAAAUCUUCUCUUGAAGAUUUUAAGAAGAAGAAUGCGGGGAAAAAGGCGGGUGCUGCAGCUGCUUCGUAUCCUGCUGGUGGAGCUGCUUUGAAAUCUUCAAGUGGAACUGCUUCGAAGCCCAAAGAGACGAAGAAGAGGAAACAGGAAGAACCAUCUACGCAAAAGGGUGCAAGGAAAAGCAAAAUAGAUGAGGAAACUAAGAGGAAUGACGAGGAGACUGAGAAUGACAACACGGAAGAAGAGAAUGGAAACGAUGAGGAGGAUGAGAAUGGAAACGAUGAGGAAGAUGAGAAUGACGAUGAAAAUACAGAAGAGAAUGGGAAUGAUGAGGAGAACGACGAUGAAAAUACGGAAGAGAAUGGGAAUGAUGAGGAGAACGAGAAGGAGGAUGAGGAAAACAGCAUGGAAGAGAAUGGGAAUGAGAGCGAAGAGAGCGGGAAUGAGGACCAUAGCAUGGAAGAAAAUGGGAGCGGGGUUGGUGAAGAUAAUGAGAACGAGGACGGGAGCGUAAGUGGAAGUGGUGAAGAGGUAGAGAGUGAUGAAGAAGAUGAAUGAACUCAAGGUUAUAUUUUUGCUAAGAACAUGUUUUCAGGUUUAUGUUGGAGAUUAGCUUGUAAGCUUGAAGCAGUGGUUGUGGCCAUGAGCAUGUAAUAGACUAACAUAUCUUUUUGCUCUUUGGCUCUAGUGUUACCAAAUAUGUAAGUCAAAGUUUAGAAAAUGAAGUUUUGCAACAAAAUUUUAGCUUAAUUAUUCAUUUUGAUUAAGAGAGC